AUGGCCACCACUGAAGCUGCUGCUGCUGCUGCCCCCGCCGCCCCGGCCACCGAGGCCAACGGCUCCAAGCCCCAGCACCAGCGACCCCCGCCCAACCCCGACGCCGUAGAGAUUGUCAAGCAGUCCGGCGGAAAGCCCGACGCCGCCGACAACACUGCAAAGCUCGACGCCAUCAGCAAGCAGAUUGAAAAGGUCCAGAAGGAGCUCAACCAGGUCCGAUCGCUCCUCUCGGGCGCCGGCCCUUCCAAGGACUCGCCCGCCGGACAGCGCCGUGCCCAGCUGCGCAGCGAGCUCGACGAGCUGAGGAACAAGCAGGCCGGCAACAAGGGAUCCCGCGGCAAGGUGCUCGACGACCUCCGCGCCCUCCAGGAUGGCAUCGCCAAGAAGGUCAAGGACCUCCAGGCCGCGAAGUCCAAGGCUCCCUACAAGACGGUCGAAGACGUCGACGACCGCAUCCGACGCCUCGACCAGCAGGUCGAGGCCGGCAGCAUGAAGCUCGUCGACGAGAAAAAGGCGCUCGCCGAAAUCUCGCAGCUGAAAAAGGGCCGCCGCAACGUCGAGGCGCUCGCCUCGCAGCAGGCGUCGAUCGACUCGGACCGCGCCAAGGUCGACCAGCUCAAGGCGACGCUCGACGACCCAGAGAGCAAGGCGCUCAACAAGCGCUACGACGAGAUCAAGGCCGAGCUCGACGAGAUCCAGAAGGAGCAGGAGAAGCAGUCGGGAUCGCGCGGAAAGCUCCUCGACCAGCGCACCGCCCUCUCGGCGCAGCUCGACGACCUCUUCCAGCAGCGCCGCGACCGCCAGGCCGCCUUCCGCGCCGCCAACGACCACUUCUACCAGAAGCUCAACGCCGAGCGCGAGCGGAGGAUGGAGAAGCAGCGCGCCGAGAGGCAGGCCGCCGAGGAGGCCAAGCGCAAGGAGAUUGAGCAGCAGAUGCGCGAGGACGCCGCGCUGCCCGCCUUUGCAAAGGAGAUUGAGGACUGCGACGUGCUCAUCAACUACUUUAGCUCAAAGGCCGGCGCCAACGCCGCCAAGGCCGAGUCGGCCAAGGCGGACCAGGCCGCCGCCGCCGCCGCCGCCACUUCGAACCCCGUCGGCGGCAAGGCGCUCAACAUCCGCCAGGUCAACGCCGACGACAUGGUGCCCAAGGGAGCCGUUCUCAAGAAGAAAGACGACGAGGCCGAGUCGUACUUUGUCGGCAGCGGGUCCAAGUCGAAGAAGAACAAGAAGCAGAACAAGCGCGGCACGCCCCUCAACCUGGGCGGAACCGACGAAAACAACGGCAGCACCACCAACGGCGCGGCGGCAUCACCGUCGUCGGCGGGGGCAGCGGCGACGGCAGGCGGAGCGCUGCACGUGCCGCUCGGCACCCUCUCUGCGCUCCUUAGCCUCUCGAUCCCGCCGCCGGCCAACGCGGCCGACGUGGGCCGCGUCGUCGAGAACCUCAAGCUCAAGCGCGAGUACUUUGUCUCGAACCAGCAGCGCGUCACGCGCGAAAACAUUGAAAAGGUCGAGCGCAUCCUGGCAAAGUCGAGCAUCAAGGACCAGCCCGCCGCCGGCGCUGCAGGCGACAGCGUCGAGGAAAAGGACAAGACGGCCGACGCCGUCGAGGCCUAG